AUGGCAGACAAAGUGAUCUGCCAUCUGGAGGACAUAGAAAACUAUGGACGGCGUUGGGAAAGUCAGAAGGACUUGGAUGGACGGUACCGCCCUCCCCCGGGCAUGGAAACCAUGCACGUCCAGGGGGCGGCUUAUCUGAACCCAACGCCACGGACCAGGAUAUCAGAAAUAACUGAAGUGACUAAACAACUGGAGGGGUUGAAUCAAACUCCACCUAACGGUAACAUUGAGAACGAGGACUAUCAGGGGAGUAUUCCCCUGAACUCAGAACAGGACGCGCUUUUGGCCACCGUACUACUCAACCCGGUUAAUGAAGACGCCUAUGCUCAAUUGGCUGCUCUAAGGGCCGAGGCCUACGCCAACAGCCAACGACAAUCACCAGGACUAUUCCCUAGGACGACCAAGCCGGACUGGAGUAACAAGCCUGCGUGGAGGCAAGCGACAAGCCCCGCGACGGGAACGGCCGCGCAAUCCAGCGCCAAGGAAUCCGAUAGCUCGUUUCUUGGGGCAUGCUUCCUAUGUCGUGGAGUAGGGCACCGCUCUGCCCAGUGCCCCCUGGUGCAAUGUUUUAUAUGCGGCGAGAAGGGUCAUUUGGCCCGCCAAUGCCCAACAAGGAUUAUCGGGACCUCGGAUAGCUGUAAGAACUGUGACACCCCAGGGUACAUGUUCAAGACGUGCCCAAAUUGCGAGGAGUCCAGGAAGAAAUUGGGAAACGGGAAGGCGGGGGACUCGAUUCGAUAG